AUGGGUUUGACAAAUAAUUACAAUAUUUAUGGGUUCCCUUCAGACCGUUCAUUGAUUAAUGAAUAUCCAAAAGACUGUCAAGAGACUUGGUCUGACUUCCGGACUCAGUUACAAACACCAGACGUCUCGGGACGACGAAGAUCUUCUAGUUUUUCAAACAUGCCGCCAACAAGUUAUUCCCUAGACGCUAUAAUGCAAGAAUUUAGGUUGAACGGCUUGGACUCUCCAUACGACCCUGAAGAAGAUACUAUAAGAAACCCGAACAAAGAUGUCCUAAUAGGCAUGGGUCCAUCAAGUCAGUAUCUGAGACAGAAGUCGUGGCCGGCGCCAGACGCUUCGCCUGCGACGCGCCUUCCGCGACCUGGUGGGAUUAAAAACAUGUUACCUCCUUCUGUUCAAGCCCCGCUACAACAAACAUAUCUGUCAGACAACAAUGUGCUGACAGAGGAACAACUGCGCGUGCUCUCGUCGCUGCCAGACCCGGUGUUGUAUUCGCUGUUGAGGGAGCUCGAAAUGAGCCGUGAAGCAAAGAGUGAUAAGCAAGAGGCGAUGGAGUGCCGCUUCUGCAAGAACAACGGCGAGCGGCCGGCGUACUACCGCUCGCACCGCCUGCGCGCGCGCGGCCGCGUGGCGUGCCCCGUGCUGCGCGCCUACCGCUGCCGGCGCUGCGGCGCGCGCGGCGACCGCGCACACACCAUCAAGUACUGCCCGCUCGCCACCGCCGACGAGCGUAUGAAGUCAGCCGCCAUGAUGCGCAGCGUGCGCCUCGCGUCGGGUCGGCGCCGCGCGGCCGCCGCCGACGCGCACGACUACGUGGUAUUCGGUGAAACGACUCCCACUGUACUCACAGAUGGCGUUGUUUACGACCAGCGAGACACCCUCGACCCCAUAUGGGAGGCUUUAGAGAAGAAACUAAUGCUA